AUGACAGCAUGGGAACUUGAAGAGUCAGAGCAGUUCACAACAUUCCUGGAUGCAGUCCAUAAUGAGAACAAAUCUCGCCUCCUCUUCAAUGAAGAAGAGUUGAAACAAAUCAGAAAUGUUUUUUCUGACUGCUCACAAGAUCAAAUCGAUGACGAUAUGAACUACCUUCAAGCCAUCUAUGAUGACAACAUGGAUGAUGACGAGGAUACCAAUGAUGAUGAUGAUGAUGAGGGAGACAAUGAUAUUGAUGUUGAUGGUCUGUAUAUCUCAUACCAAGUUUGUGUCUCCCCCUAUCUCUUGUGUAGGCGCUGUUCACAGCGCAAGGGAAAAGCUGCUGUCCCCAAGCCAGCAAGAGGAUCAGGCCUCAACCCAUCAGGCAUGCAGCAACAAGGGCAGCCAUCAUAUGAAGACAAGCAGGGGCAGGGGGGGUUGUCAUAUGGCCACGCACAGGGCCCUUCACUGUAUGGUCAUGCACAGGGCCCUUCACCAUAUGGCCACGCACAGGGCCUGUCAUUGUAUGGGGAUGCUCAGGGCCCAUUGUUGUAUGGGGACACUCAGGGCCCAUCAUUGUAUGGUGCUGGACAGGGCCCAUCAUUGGACACUGACAACAGCUAUGAUUUUUACGAGCAUUUCCAGGAUGCCCUGCUCAACUCAGGUCCAUUGAUCAAUGACUACCCUGACACCGGCCCUUCUGAUUAUGCAGAAGGUGCCACACCUGUGCCUCAGUGA